UUCUUGUGAAGAAGAUCAGCAAGCUCUCUCGUUCUCUCGAUUUCGAUCUCGAUCUCGAUCGAAGCUUUAGGGUUUGCCGAGAAUGGAGAUCGCCAUCAUUCCGGCGACUCUCGCCGUCGCAAGCCCAACAAACCGCGCAUUCUCCUCGCUGAGGCAUCUCUCCGGCUCCGACCAACUACGAUUCGCAACGCUCUCCUUCUCGCCAUUGCGCGAGCCUCGUUCCCUCACGAUUCGUAUGGGCGGCGGUCCCCGGACAUUCCCCGGCGGCGUCUCUAAGUGGCAGUGGAAGCGGAUGCAGGCCAAGAAGGCGAAGCAGCUCCUCAAAGCCCGGCUCUGCCGGGAGCGGCAGCUCUACGAGAUGCGGAAGCGCGCGGAGCUCAAAGCAGCGGUGGCGGAGCUAGAGAAGCCAUGGGAAGUCGUGGAGCGCGCGCCGACUCUGUUCUCUGUGAAGGCCGACGAGCAAGUGAAGGCGUUGGCUGAUCGGUUUCAGAAGCCGGGUGGGUUCGAUAUGUGGACGGAGAAGGAUGGGCCGCAGGUGUUCCGUACACCGGACGGCUUGCCUUCGGCGAGGUUCUUCCCGAAGGGCGUCGUGCAUAGUGUGAGGCCGUAUGGGAUUGGUGAUGGUGAGGGGGAGAUUAGGUUUGAUGAUUGGAUUGCAAGAAGUGGAGGUGGUGGUGGUGGAUAUAGGAGGAGUUCAAGGAGAUCUUCUGAUCGCCAUGGAAGAGAAGGAUCAGAGGUUUUGGAGGUUGGGAGUGAUGAGAGGAUUGUGCACACAAGGUGUUUGAUGAAUGUCCAGAAGCAUAAAGUUGGUGAAACAAGGGAUGUGAAUUAUGGGCAUGAAGAUGGUGGAGAGCUUGGGAUUGGUGGUUGGAAUGGGAGUAAGAGGAGCAUAAGAAGAUCUCCGUCUCGACGACAAGGCGGAGAUGGACCGGAGACGGAGUAUGUAGUUGCUGAGUUUGAGGUUUCAAGGGAGGAGGACAGAGGAGGCAAUGCUGAUAUUAGUUUCAAGUCUCGGAAAGCGUCGUGGAUGGAUGAGAUUGGGAGCUCAAGGUUUUCGAGGAUGGGUGGAGGUUUGAAAAAAUUGUAUGAUGAUCAAGGUGGUGCAAGAAGCUCAAGGUAUUCGAGGGAUUCAAAGAUUGAAAAAGGUAAUGCAAUGGAAGGUGGACGGAGAUACGGUAGACGUCCUGCUUAUGGAAUAAGGCGCAGCUCGGACCAAAGAUCAUAUGCUUCUGAUCCAGAAACAGUGGGAGUAGAUAGAGCUGAUGGCUCUAGGAUGGAUGAGCAGAGGAAUGCUAGAGGUUCUUAUUAUGGAAGAGGGCAGAGAACAAACCAAAGAUCAUAUGCUUCUGAUGCAGAAACGAUGGGAAGCCAACCGAAUAGGCACAGCAGAGGUCCUCCUUAUGGAAGAAGAUAUGCUUCAUAUUCGGAGGCAAUGGCAAAUGGUAGAGGUAGGGAUGAUGAGGACAACCGGCGGGGGAUCAGAUCGAAGAGAGUUUCUAUCCGGCCAAGUACAGAUUCACUCUAUGAUGGUGAUUUAUAAAUAUAGUAACUCAUUGCUCGUGCAUGACCUGUUUGUGUAUGUAUGAUGCAUCAUGGUUUGCUGGUUUAUCUUUUAGCUGAAACUUGUACAUUGUUAAGCAGUUUAUUAUGAAAAAUGACAACAUCCUUUGGACAA